AUGUCUCAGAGUGGUUCCCAUACGGCACAGACCUCACCUUCACCGGAGUCUCGACCAAAACCUCCAACCAAAGAUGAACCCAAGAAUAAGAAGUUUUCUACCGAUCCCGUGACACCUUGGCAACUUGAACCAAAAGGAGUCCCAAUAAGAACUUUUGCAGGCUACGAAUUCAAGCUCAAUGGUUGGGUACGUCAGGACGUUCAGCAGCAACGAUCCCAGCAAAUCCACCAGAUACCUCCAUCUUCCCAGGACAACAAGAGCGAGAUCGAAAUCGACUCCUCCAGCGUCCACUAA